AUAAUAUGCCAUCCCAAUUAAACCAGUCAACCAGAAUAAUGUUGUUUUGGAACCAAGAUUUAAAAAAAUAUAGAUUUGUGUUGAUACAAAAUGUCCUUAUUGUUCCAUUUGAAAUAUGUAUGAGGUGAGAAAUUAUGCUUGUAGAUAAGAGACCUUGAUGAAAAGCAGGUAAUUUUACUGGAAAUUGAUCGGUAUUAUAAUUGCACGUAAGGCGCUUCAGAGUAGGAGCGACUCUCUCUGUGACGUAACCGUAGCUCCGCCUUCAAAUGCCAGCGGACCAAUGAGGAAGCUCCAAGCCGUGAAGGCGGAAAAAAACCCGGAAAAACACGACAGGAGAGUAGGACACGUCGGCUGUUGACAGUAAAAUGCCAUCUUCUCAUUAAAUGGACUUUAACUGAAUUUAAUCCAGUUUAUUUCAGUCUGUUUCUCGCUCCCAGCGGUUGAAAUGGAGGGAGGUACAGGUGUGGUUUUGGCCACAGAGAGAUACGGCCGAGCAGAGUCCUGGAAGUAUUCAGCAAAGGAUGGAGUGAUGGAGAGAAGGAGAGAUGGGAGGGAAGGGGAAUCGAGAGGAAACUCCAUUGUUGGAGUCUUUAAAAGUGUCUUUCUGCCUCAAGGCUAUCCAGAGAGUGUCAGCGGGGACUAUCUGCAGUACCAGUUCUGGGAUACUGUGCAGGCUUUCUCCAGCUCUCUGUCGGGGACUUUGGCCACUCAGGCGUCUCUUAAAGGCGUUGGGGUUGGAAACCAAGAGGCAACAGUCGCUGCAGCCACAGUCACCUGGUUAUUAAGAGAUGGAACCGGCAUGUUGGGAAGAAUCCUCUUCGCCUGGCGGAAAGGGAGUAAACUGGACUCUGAGGCCAAAAAGUGGAGACUUUUUGCUGAUAUUCUCAACGACAUCGCCAUGUUCAUGGAAAUAUUGGCUCCGUUCUUUCCUGCUUUCUUCACCUUGAUUGUCUGCACUGCAGGAAUAUUUAAGUCCAUCGUCGGAGUGGCAGGUGGAGCGACCAGAGCUGCUCUGACCGUUCAUCAGGCUCGUAGAGACAACAUGGCCGACAUCUCCGCCAAAGACGGCAGUCAGGAGACUCUGGUGAAUCUGGCCGGACUGCUGGUCAGUUUGCUGCUGAUUCCCCUCGUCACUGAUAAUCCAGUACUGACUCUCAGCCUCUUCUUCCUCUUCACCGUCCUUCACCUCUUUGCCAACUACAAGGCAGUGCGCUCGGUUGUCAUGGAAACCCUCAACGAGGCACGGCUUGCGAUCGUGCUGCAGCAGUACCUGAGUGACAAGCGGAUCCUGAGUCCACAAGAAGCCAAUCUGAAAGAACCGGUUUUCUUGGAGUUCAGGAAAACGGUGCCAAUCAAACUCGGCGUGAGGCUGCAGGAGGUUGUUCAAAGUCCAGAGGAACUUAAUCUGGCUCUGAAGGAUAACAACAUGCCUUAUCUCUUAGGAGUGAGAAACGGCUCCGUCUGUGUUUGUUUGGGACCAGACGCAUCAGUACGAGAUGAAAUCAGAGCAAUGUGUCAAGCUGUGUGGCUCCAAAGUAUGUUGAGCUCUGCAGCUUCCAGAGAACCUCCGACACAAAAACAAGGUCACUGGGAAAUGGUGCAUGAGAGUCACAAGAUGAUGGAGACAAUUUUCAGUCAGUUUCUCAAAGGCGUGGAAGCUGCAGGAUGGGACGUAAAUCGAACUCUGCUGGACUGGGAUGAGUGGAGGGUUGAAUGGAAAACAAAAAGCAACUGAGCUGUGAAACAUCUGCAGCUGUUCUCAUUGUUUAUAUCAUAUUGUUCAAUGUUUAUUAAACAAACGGGACCUCGGAUGAUUCA